CCUUGAUCGCCAGCUUUUAUCCACCGGCUGUGCCUGAAAUACUGCCCACACAUACCCUCUCCAAUUCAACUCUUUCAAACAAAUCUUUCAACGGCGUUUUAUUCCUCAACUACCUCUCCUUUAUCUCAUUAGGAUACCAACAUAAAUAUACGCGACCGAGAUAGUUACGAGCAAGCCAAUUGCCAUUCGAGGAAAAGUGUGUAAAGACAAUGAAUUCAACGUUGCUGUCGGCUCCCCCGGAGACCUACUGGGGCCAAUUUGAAGAGAUCUCUAAAUACAACACUCACCUCAAUGUACUCGAGAGGCUGUGGACAGCCUGGUAUGCUUGGAUGGAAAAUGACGUCCUGGCGACUGGCAUUAUGUCCUUCGUUAUGCACGAGGUCGUCUAUUUCGGGCGCUCCCUGCCGUGGAUUUUCAUAGAUAGCCUGGGCUUGUGCAAAGGCUACAAAAUCCAAAGCAAUAAAAUCCCCUCAUUGCGUGAGCAGUGGGAUUGUGCGAAAUUUGUGCUGCUUAGCCAUUUUACAGUCGAACUACCUCAGAUAUGGUUAUUUCACCCAAUGGCACAAUUCUUCGGUCUCUCGACCUCGGUUCCUUUCCCCACUGUCUGGACAAUGGCCUACCAGAUUGCAAUUUUUUUCGUACUUGAGGAUACAUGGCACUACUUCUCGCACCGCGCACUUCACUGGGGCCCCCUUUACAAGGCCAUUCACAAGAUCCAUCACCAGUAUUCUGCUCCUUUUGGCAUGGCUGCUGAAUAUGCUUCUCCCAUCGAAGUCAUGAUUCUCGGGUUCGGUACUGUUGGCUGCCCAAUCCUUUGGUGCGCGGUAACCGGGGACCUACACAUUUUCACCAUGUACAUUUGGAUCGUAUUGCGGCUGUUCCAGGCUAUUGAUGCUCACAGCGGUUAUGAAUUCCCUUGGAGUCUUCAUCAUUUCCUGCCAUUCUGGGCCGGUGCUGAUCACCAUGAUCUUCAUCAUGAGAAAUUUGUCGGCAACUACUCUAGCAGCUUCAGAUGGUGGGAUUACCUGCUGGAUACUGAAUACAGCCCAGAAGCAAUCAAGCGCCGGCGGGAGAACAAGGCUACAAGGGGCGUUAAGAAGGAUCAGUAAAAUAAGCUAUUCUGCUAUUAACCUCCUCCCUUCUCAAUUUUCUUUUCUCUUUUUCUACAUCGCCUGAUAGGCUGUCUCUAAUUUAUGGCAUCCAACAUCCCAGUCUAUGGAUUUUCAUCUGGUGAGCUGCUCUUAUGGAGUAGGUAUUCGAUUCUGUUUUGGGGGUGGACGGGGGAGGGUGUACUUUAUAGGAUCAAUUAGUUGUGGCCAUGCUGUGGUUUUAUGUAUUAAUUUGAAUAUUAGCUAAUAUUAUAGAAUAUGGAUAAAUCAUGUCGAUGGCUGGGUGGCACUCAUAAUUCUAGAGUCUAUCAGCUGUGUA